CUCUCUCUCUCUCUCUCUCUCUCUCUCUCUCUCUCUCUCUCUCUCUCUUUUUCAAACCCUCUUCGCGCUUCUCCACGUGCGUACUGACUACCGGAAGAUGCGACGGGCUCUGUUCCUCUUCUGAGAGGACAGCUCGCGGUAUACUCUCUCUCUUGCUCUGUUUUCGCUCUGUUUCUCUACACCGAGCGCGACCGGCAAUGGCGAUCGACGUUUGCUCGGAGAUAUCGAGCCCCGGUGUGCUCAGCCCUCGAAUCUCCUUCUCCCACGAUCUCAAGGGAAGCGGGGACGCCGUGCCCGUCGAAGAAGAUGACCGCAGUCGCCACGAGAGGCUCGACCGGUCGCUGCUGGACUCCGACUUCGACUUCGACUUCUGUGUCGGUGCGUCGAGUUUCGUCCUCGAGCUCUGCCCUGCCGACGAGCUCUUCUCCGAUGGCAAGAUCCUCCCCGGCGAGAUCAGGAGGGACAGAGUGGUAACUGCCGAUCACCAUAGUUGUCGUCAAAUACCGUCGUCUCAUCCUCCUCCUCCUCCUCCUCCUCCAUUUAGGACUCCGAUUUCUAGUGCUGCGUUCACGGAGAAGAAGAGUCUGAAGGAGCUCCUGUCGGACAGCUUCGACGAUAGUGACGACUACGACGACGACGAUGAAGAGGAUGAGAAGCCUCCACCGAAGCCGUUCUGGCAGUUCAAGCGCAGCUGCAGCCUCAAUUGCGACGUAGCCAAGAGCGGAGGACUGAUCCGGUCAUCCCUGCAGUUCCUCUCGCGGAGCAACUCGACCGGUUCGGCUCCGAAUCCAAAGGACAAAUUCGCCACCAAGGACAACCAGAGGCAGAAUUUGCAGAAACAGCCCUCUAUUUCGAGUCGAAGAUCUUCAUCGGAGUCAUAUCAAUCCUCCUUCGGCAUGCCAUUUUCGUACACUUGGCCGCAAUCACAAAAGCCUCCGACGAAGAAACGGCACGGACACGGGGUGAGGGUCAAUCCUGUAUUGAACUUUCAGCCUCAUAUCACGAUAGGGACGGUGAGCUUGUUCGGGCUCGGCUCGUUGUUCUGUAACGGCAAGGUCAGAAAGAAGAAGAAGUGAGUGACGAACGAUGGAUUAAAAAUCUGUUUAUUAAUUUGCAUGAACACACAGAAGAAAGAAGAAAUCAGCUUUUUUCACUUGCAUUUUUUCUUAUCGUGCACAUGUUUUAGAUAGAUAGAUAGAUAGAUCUCGUGGCGGUGUAGAUCUGGGGGGGCUUUUGAUGGAAUCAGCAUGUGAUGAGGUUCUUGAAAAAUUCCAAGGAAAUAUAAUGUAUGCGUCUCUGCGGUGGAUGCAUGUUUAAA